UCCGGGGUAGGCUGAGACGGGAGGGUCCUCAGCUAAAGCCAAGAGCGGAUCAAAGUGGUGGGACUCGCGCCGCGGCCGCGGAGACGUGAAGGCCCUCCGCACGCCUCCUCCGAUCCGGGUCGGUGCUCGCCCUCGCUCUCCUCCCCGUCCCCAUGGAGAAGACGGAGCUGAUCCAGAAGGCGAAGCUGGCCGAGCAGGCCGAGCGCUACGACGACAUGGCCACCUGCAUGAAGGCCGUGACGGAGCAGGGCGCCGAGCUGUCCAACGAGGAGCGCAACCUGCUGUCGGUGGCCUACAAGAACGUGGUCGGGGGCCGCCGGUCCGCCUGGAGGGUCAUCUCGAGCAUCGAGCAGAAGACCGACACCUCCGACAAGAAGUUGCAGCUGAUUAAGGACUAUCGGGAGAAAGUGGAGUCCGAGCUGCGGUCCAUCUGCACCACGGUGCUGGAAUUGUUGGAUAAGUAUUUAAUAGCCAACGCAACUAAUCCAGAGAGUAAGGUCUUCUAUCUGAAAAUGAAGGGAGAUUACUUCCGGUACCUUGCUGAAGUUGCUUGUGGUGAUGAUCGAAAACAAACGAUAGAUAAUUCCCAAGGAGCUUACCAAGAGGCUUUUGAUAUAAGCAAGAAAGAGAUGCAGCCCACACACCCAAUUCGUCUGGGGCUGGCUCUUAACUUUUCUGUAUUUUACUAUGAGAUCCUUAAUAACCCCGAGCUUGCCUGCACACUGGCUAAAACGGCUUUUGAUGAGGCCAUUGCAGAACUCGAUACACUGAAUGAAGACUCAUACAAAGACAGCACCCUCAUCAUGCAGUUGCUUAGAGACAACCUCACAUUAUGGACAUCAGACAGUGCAGGAGAAGAAUGUGAUGCGGCAGAAGGGGCAGAAAACUAACCGCAUACAGGGUGGCGUCCUUCUUCCCUCCAGAAACCUUUGUACACAUCUCCAUUCCUUCUUCCAUUUGGAUUUCCUAGAGCAGAGAACCCAUUCAUGUGUAUGGAAUCAGCUGUUUGUAGUCUUUCACACUGCAGCUGUGGGAAAACUCCAUUCCUUGAUUUGUGUUUGUCUUGGCCUUCCUGGUGUGCAGUUACUGCUGUAGAAAAGUAUUAAUAGCUUCAUUUCACAUAAACAUAAGUAACUUCCAAACACUUAAGUAGACAACUAAAAAUGUAUUUGGUAUUUUAAGUAAUCUGAACCAGUUCUACAAGUGACUGUGUUUUGUAUUACUGUGAAGAUAUGAAAAUGUAGUUAAUUACAAUUUAAAGAGUGUUUUACAUAACUUCUUAAUUUCUACAUUCCCUCCCUUACUAUUCUUUGGGGGUUUCCUUUUGGUCUGCAAGUUCCAUGUUCUUAAUGUAUUCCUUUUUGGUAGGAAUCACAAGUAUUAGAUGAAUGGGAAAGCAUUUGAUGAUUCUGGGCUGCGGGUCACAAAUUGAAUGCCUCCUGUGUCACACAUGGGGAGAUCUUGUGUAUCUGUGACAACAGGGAGUCUCCUUAUUCACUCUUCAUUUGCUGCUGUUUCAGUUGACAACUUCCCUUCCUAAUAAAAAUUCACUUACACCUCCUGCCUUUGUAGUUCUGGUGUUCACUUGACGAGGGAAUAGAAGUAGCAUGUGGCUGCCAGAAUACAAGCAUUGCUUUUGGCGAAUUAAAGUGCAUUUCAUUUCUCAAUACAGUAGAAGGGGGAAAUAGAUUACAGUACACGAGUUCACGUCUAAAACUUGAGUACUUUUCCACGCUGAUCUGUGCACAUGUGAGAGGGUGUCCAGUUUGUCUAGCGAUUGUUAUUUAGAGUUGGACCACUGUUGCGUGCUAUUAAUCAUGGGCUGUAGCUCCAGAAAAGCCUCAUGAAAUUGCUGUGCCCUAUGUAACGGCAGAGAAAUAUAAAAUAAAAUUGCAUUUUAUAAACCAUUUACUAUGGCCUUGCAACAAUUGCAUACCAUUGUAAAGGACAAGUGAAUUUACUACUUUCUGAGGUACUUGAAUACUUCCCUUUUAUGUAAAAUGUAGUAGUGAUCCCCACAUUUCUCCAUUGUGAUGCACUUGUCUUAGGGGUACCUGGAAAUAUAUAAAAUUGGACUACAUUUCUUAGAGAUAGUGUUUUAUCCAUAGAUUUUUGUGGCCAACUCUUUCUCAGAUGUAAAUGAUAUCUAGUUAAGUGUCAUAUAGAAUAAAAUGGGCAUUUUCAAACUA